GUAGUGCGUUCCCUUCGUAAGGGAAAGGUCGCGAGUUCGAUCCUCGCUGGGAGCUUUCAGAAAUUAUUUGAACUUUUGUUUUUAUUUGUUUUCAAAAAUCAAAUUGGACUUUUCACUUCCAGCACUGUUAAACUUGCAUUUCCUAUUCAGGUGGUGCAGAAUCUGAGUGAGGCAUUUUAGCGAACACAUUGCGUGGGGCGAUUGACUAUUGCUUUCAUCUACUCUCAAACCGAAAGCUCAUACAACGCUCUUCUGAAUAUGCAAAGCAUUAAAAAUGCCAUCUUGUCGCAUGUCAGAGCAGGGAGAUCAGCUGAUACACUGCUCUCUGCAAAUAGGAAUAUGCUGAAACGGCUAACCUAUCAGAUGUCCACAUCAACCGCAACCAACACUGAUCAAGUAAUGGGUCGAGUGAUUGGACUUGUUAAGAAAUUUGAUAAAAUUGAUGCCUCUAAGGUUACCGAAACAGCUGAUUUUCAAAAGGACUUGAACCUAGACAGCUUAGAUCGGGUUGAGCUUGUCAUGGCUUUUGAACAAGAAUUUUCCAUUGAAAUUCCUGAUGAGAGGGCAGACAAGUUGACUUGCUGUGCUGAUGUUGCUAAAUUCUUAGUUAAAGGGGCUGAGCAGAAAUCUUGAUUAGCAUUUUAAAUGGAAUGUUUUUCACUAGCAAUGCAACCCUUUUAGGAUUUUGUUUGCCUGGUUUUCUGUCACUAAUCUAAGCUUUUUAAAAUUUAUUUAUUGGCUGUCCUCUUUGUUUGACUUGUAUCCUUUCAUAUUUAACUUGUAAGGUUUUUUCAAUAUGCAGAACCCUCUGAUUAAGAGAGAACUCAUCAUCUAAUAAUAAUGGUUUGUUGCGUAA